AUGACCAUUACCACAGCCUGGAACAAUAUGAUACAUAGGUCUAUGUGUAUAACAGUGACAGUUUUACUGAUUAAUCACAGCUAUUGUGAUAGAGAUUUAACCAGAUCGGUCAAAUUAUUCACCGGAUCAAUGAUCGACAUUGACUACUGGUCAGCGUAUCGUCUUCCUAAUCAGUCAACUGUCUGCGAUCAAUUCAUCAAUUCCUACUACUUAGAUGAUCCUAAAGAAGAAAAUAGAUAUGUAACAUUUGCUGGCUCACUGUCAUCAUCGCCUACAGUAGCAUCAAGGGGUGUUGCAUCAGCGGUAUCCUCCGCCGCCGCUGCCGCUGCCUCUGCCUCUGCAUCGUCAACGUUAUCAUCAUCAUCUUCAUCAAACCUAAAAACUGCUGGCAGUCAACUAUGGGAUCGUCAUAAACCAUCGAAUUGGAUUAGUACUGUUGAAUUUGAUCCAACUGCUUUAGUACAAUUGCCUAAAACAGAAAAGCAACAUCUUUAUGAUUAUAAUCAACGUUUUAAAAAUAUUCUACGCAGUCGACAGCCAACAUUAUACACCUUCACUAGUCCACUGUAUCCUGACAAUUAUCCACCGAAUGUCGAUUGUAUCAAGGUAAUUAAAGCUCCACAAGAAGAUCAACAGAUAGUUCUUGAUUUUCGUGGACCUUAUCAAUUCGAGCAAUCAGCUGAAUGCAUCAAUGAUUAUUUAGAAGUUCGUGAUGGUGAAUAUGGUUUCUCACCGUUGAUCGGCAGAUUCUGUUCAGAUAAUCGUCAGCUACAUUCCAUUAAAUCAAAUGGUCAAUGGUUGCGGUUACGUUUUCAUUCAGAUUUUAGUAUUGAAAAAUCUGGUUUUCAGGCUGUUUAUUAUUUUACUAAAUUAAGAGGUAAAGAGGAACUACUGCCACAGAAACCGAUUAUCUCAACCACAAUAUCUAUCGAAGAUGAAGUAACAUUUGAGCAUAGGGAUUUAUUAAACUUAUGGAGGGAUUAUACAAACUCGAUAAUCAAGACAAAAUCACAUCCAGUUGAUCGGUUGACUGAAUUCAUCAUUGAUUUUAGAACAAAUCGAAGCGAUUUGAUCCUUAUGAUUCAUCUAAGCUUAGUGAAAUUUCAGAUUAUUGAUCCAGAGUGUAGAACUAAUAUUAUUGAAAUAUACGAUGAAUUCUUUCUAACCGAUAAAGAUGCAAUCCCCAAAACACCGUCAAUACUGUCGAAAAUUAGUAAAGGCAGUCAAGUAGUACAACGUGUCAAUGAAAAGUACACUCCGAGAAUGAUUCACACUUGUAAUAAGAAAAAUUUAGAACCGUAUACAUGUAAAUUAGGCCGAGGUGUUGUGCGUAUUCUAGUUUCACCAGAACCAGUGUCAGUUGAUCCUAUGGAAUACACUCAAACGAAUGCAACGAAAUCAAUAACUAAGCUGCCUGAGAUCAAGUUAACGGCUACAGUAUUGAAAAAUGCACUAUGUGAAGAUGAUUGGAUUCCGUGUGUACGACCAAUUGAUUAUAUCGCCUAUAAAGAGUAUUACAAUCUAACAGUUCGAUCAAAACCAAAAGAUCCAACGAAUGGCACUGAUGAUAAACGGAGUAGUAAUAAGAAUAUUAAAAAGUCAAAGUACGCAUCACACUCAUCAAAAUUACAAACAACUACAAUGAAGACGACAGUGGUGUCAGCUGUAACUGAAUCAAGUAAAACAAAUGCUAAAGAUACAGUGAUUGCAUUGAAAUCUACAAUAUUACAAAGUCAUCCAACAUUACCAAAAACAAUUUAUUGCUUGCCACCAAAUUUAGUUUGUAAUGGACAUUGGAAUUGUCCAAAUGGUGAAGAUGAAGACAAGUGUCCACGUCCACCAAAUGGUUUAGAAGCCUAUGAUGUAUUUGUACAUGAACAUAACCUGUCAGAUGAAAUGCCUACAGAAAUAAUCGAAGAAAUGGUAACUACUGAAAGACUAGACAGCAUAUCUUCAUCAUCCGAAGACGACGAUGAAUUUCAUCAUCACACGCCAAUUAUUGCUGCUUUAGAGUCGUCUGGAUCACUGUCCAAUUUGAAAUCUUUACAAAUCAAUAAUUGUAAAUGUGAAACUAUAAGUUAUGCUGAUGAUAUGAAUAAAAAAGUUCAAGUUAAAGAGUCCACCUACAAUGUCACAGUUAACACAACUUUCACCACUCCUGUAUCAACUACAACAGUGAUGACGACGACAACAACGCUGACGACAACCGAUUCAUUAAAUUUAAAUGAUUCAUUAAAACAAGAAGAGAUUAAGCCUUUAAAAACUUCAUCAGACUGUAGUUUUCUAAACUGUGCUAACCUGUGUUCAAAUAGCGCGCCGAAAUCACAAGACUCAUUUAAACAAACAACGGAAUUCAAUGAUGAUGAUGAUAUAGAGAAAGAAAAAGAAAUGAAUGAUAAUGAAGUUACUAAACAUGAUUUGGAGUCAACAACAAGUGGACUAGCUGAAAUAUUUGAUCGAGCUACAAAACCUUUAGGUUAUAUACACAAAUUAGAUUCAAGUCCAGCUUGGAAUCAAGGAUCGAGUCAGAGUACAAUACAGCACUUGAGAGAAACACAAAAGUUAAAAUCAACUUAUAAUCCAUAUUUACAUGAAUAUCCAACUAAUCGUAGUUUAGGCCAAUUACCGAAUACUUUAGUUAUCCCUGUAGAUAAAUUAUCAAAGCAAUAUCAUCAUUCACCUAUGACACUUCAACGCCCCAUACAUGAAUCGUAUCAUAAAUCUAAGGUUAGUCGUUCCGAUCCAUUUUCAUUGAAAGAACAAUCAGCAUUUGUAUGUAAUACCGAUGGGUCAAAUAUUGAUGAGCACUUACAACUCGAUAAUCUCAGGCGAAGUUUUUCAGUUAGACGUAUUAAAGAUACUACUAAUACUAAUACUACUAUUAAUCAUAGUAACAAUAACAAUUCAUACCAUACACCGUAUAUCUCAUAUGCCUCAUUAAAACAAAAUACUCUACCGAGUGGAUUGUUAGACUAUCAAUAUUUUAAUGAUAAACAUUGUACAAAAUCAUUUUAUCAACCACGAUACAGUCUCGAACAACAACAACAACAACAGCAACAGCAACAGCGACAACAACAGACAUCUGAGACAAACAUAUUCUCCAUACUGGAUAGCGAUUGUCGACAGAAACAGGCAAGAUUACAACAACAAAAACGUAAACAUUUUAAAGGCAGUGCACCGAAACGAGCGAAACAUGAAAAUAAUCUUAUGCUGAAAGAACAAACUAAAUCCAAUAUACCCUUAUAUCAUCAGUUAUUACUGUCAAAUGGUCAACAAUGCAGAACAAAACAACACGCUCACUUAAUCAACUCGCAUAAACUCUUCGAUUCAUAUAAAUCAAGUCAGACAACAAGUGUUGAAAUCUUAGACUUGGAAGGCAGUAACAAUCCUCGAAAUACUACAAAACACCUUCUAACAAAAUCAGCUAAGCCAGCUGGAAUGACAAUGACAUCAUCGUCCAUCACGACAACAGCAACUCUUCCUCUCACUAAUGCUACUACCACUACCACUACCACCUCGACAGUCGUAGUACCAAUGAAUAAUAAUGCUACUAGUAAUAAUGUGAUAAAAUAUCGUACAAAACUCUUCACUAACCAAAACACUCCAUUAUCCCCAUCAAAAACCCUAUGGACAAUAGGAUCUUACACUGAUAGACCUGAUGAAUCAUCAUCUUGUAUUUCACAGAAUGAUGAAAGUGAUACUACUACUACGACGACGACUACUACGACUCCGCCGCCAAGUAAUGAUAGUCAACUAGCGUGUAAUAUUCGCUUGGCGAAUAAAACUAACCACUUCAACAAUCAAUAUGGGCAUUUUGAUCAGCAGUUAGAUACUACUACUACUACUGCUGCUAAUGUUAAGGACAAUAAUAAGUGCAUCACUAGUAGUGUAUCUCCACUCACGCGAAAUCACAUCACAGGAAGUACAAUAACAUUUGAUAAUUUACAAGUGUUUAAAAAUUCGAAUGAAGUUUAUCUGUGCAAUUGUAAUUUGAACAGUAGCGCUAAAUACAAUUUUCCGUCUAGUUAUUCAGUAAUCCAACAGACUUUAUCACCCGAUAUGAAAUUUAGUAAUACUAUGAGAAAGAAUGCCUCAUGGAAUGAUAUGAGUCGUCAUGUUGAAUAUUUUUAUGGUUAUGAUGAUGAUGAUGACGACGACGAUGUCGAAGACGGCAAUGACGUCGAGGACGAAGAUGACGACGAAGUCAAAAACAACGGCACUGAUGAUGAUGAAGAAGAGGUGGAAGAUGAUGAUGACGACGACGAAGAAGAAGAAGAAGAAGGGGACGAGGAGGAAGAGGAGUUAAGUGAACAGAUAAAUGGUAAAAGUGAACAGCCUUCAGAAGUUGAUGGUUCCAUAGUGGAUAAAAAUGAAGGUCGACAAGAGUUUACCAAUCCAUACAAUCACUCGUCAAAUGUAACUCUGCCACAUGAAAGCAGUUCUGAAGAAUCUCCCUGUCAAGUACAAAUAAGUAAUCAUAGUACGCCUAGAAGACAACCGCUUGGAACAUCUGUUGUCAUAAUCACUUCUAAAGGCAGAACAAUACAACCGAUGAAAAUUAUUUAA